UCAUUUGUAAACCAGAAAGAAACCGGAAGUAAACAUAGAACUUUCAAUUUUGCAAACCACUAAAUGGCGCUAUGAUGACAUACGUCAGCAUAGGCUACUGCUGAUCAUGGACAUCUCAUAAAAAUACGUCAGCAUUAUAGGUUCCCUACUGUAUACAAAACAGUACAUUCAAGGGCUGUUCAUUGGGAAAGUGUUUAAGAACUGUCACAAUGGAAAAGGCUGUCGCUAUGGAAAAGGCUGUGGACAACUUGGAAUCUAUGUUUAACAAAGCAGAAGCAGACUUAAAUUACCUGUCUCGAAAACUAGAGUUCCAGGUGGAAAAUGAGAAAGGACUUAAUGCGAAGCACAACCCUGUGAAGCUCAUGAGAAAGUUGGAAGGAGUGAAAACAGAAUUUGCCUCGCUAGUUCAAGAUGUCUCAGAAAUACAGACAGCUCAGAAGGAAGCUGUAGAUUUUUUCAGGACUCAGCUGCUGUCACUGACCCAGAUGUUGGGGAAGUUGGAAACCGACACCGGUUGUGGCCCGGAACUUUCUGAAGCGACUGUGGGUCAGUUUGAAGAGCUCGCAGAUCGCUUGGGCAUUCCGAAAGAAGAAAUUCUUCCUCCUUCCGAUGCAGACUCCCCCGCUGGAGAUGUAAAAAGCUGCCAUGGUGCAGCGGAAAAUGCUCAGGCUGUGCCUUCUAAGACUGCAUCCACCUCCUCUGCCACAGAAUCGACGGAAAGUUCAGAUGCAAGCAAGGAAGAGCUGAGCCCAGAGCUAUCGGCCUACGAUCUAAGGGCAGACAACCCAGAGUUUGUGGAACUGACCAAGAAAGAGUUCAUGUCUGUGUCGGAGCUGGUGCGGGGGCGUUCCAAGCUGGAGGAGGUUAAUAAGACUUUCCGAUUGCUGUGGCAGCAUUUCAAAGAAGAGGGCAACACAGAUGCUUUAACCCCCAAGGACAUGAAUGCCAAAGGCAUGCGGGUGACCGGAGCCACUGGUGUGGCAAAGGUUAAGGUCCUGAGAGCACUGAAGUUGUGUAGCAUCAGCAAGGAAGGAAACGUGAAGCUUCUGUAGGAUCGAGUUGACGAACUCGCUACUGCUGUUGUCCAGCCUGGAAGAAGACCUCAUCUGACGGGUUCUCCCCUACCCUCCUUCCCUACUUCCCUUCCUUUCAAUUCACUCAGCCAGGGUUGGCUCCGAUAUAACCCACUCAGCAGGACCUUUUUUAAAACUUUCCAAGGGGCUGUGGUUUGUGCUCCAUCUCUUUGGAUUUUUAUUCCAUAUUUAUUCCUUUAGGGAAUGGGUAAGGGUGAGUGAAUGUUUGUGUAUGGGGGAGGGGAGUAGAGGAAGGAGGAUGAGAAGGAGAAUUUUGGAAAUUGUCUUGAAAAAUGACUGCCCUGGUAAUGAUAAAGAUUGUUGAUAAUGGUGCUCCCAGAAAUGUGUUUAGUUCCUUCAGUUGUUACAACCCGAUGCAGUAAAUGUUUUCACUUGUUUGUUUUUAAAAAAUAUUCGAGUUAAGUGCAAUGCGUACAGCGUUGGAACUGGGGUGAGGGGGAUUAAUGUCGGUAAUUUUUAAAGUUGUACGCCCUACUAGACUCCUAGUAGUAAAUCUUUUUAGAAUAUUAGCAUUUAAUUUGUGAAUCUGAACACCGAAAUAAUAUGGCCCUGGCUUGGAAUCUUGGACUUUCAUGUGUUGGUCAAGUUUGGAACUGACUGUUUAACAGGUGUGAACAUGAUGUUCUGUUGGAAUUUGGAGGUUUAGAGACCGUUGUGAUGGAGGUGCUCUUUUUCUUUUUGUUUCCCCCGCGUGUGUUCUGAUUUUGGUGCCGAUAUUUAUAGGUUACGUAAAAAUGUGUUCAAAUGGUGCAAAUUGUUAUAUUUCAAGAAGCACAAAACAAGAAGAAAAGAACAAGAAAAAGUGGAAAUGUUGAGUCGGAGAUGAUAAUUAUGUUUAUAAUGAUUGUGACUAGAUCAUGCUGCAAUUCUGGAAAUGAUGUGCUUGUUUUUCUUAGUGUAAGUGAUGGAGGUGUACAAAGUUACACGAGGCUCAUUACUGAUUACAUGUCAUUUUAUUGUACGUUUCCUUUUAACACUUUUGCCUAUGGUGCACGCUAUAAUUUUAAUCCAGCUGAGACCUUUUGUGUCCUGCGAGUAUACCCUCAGACUCGCAGAUCUGAAGCUUUUUCUAUAAGGUAGAUCUGUGAAAUGAAGGAAUUUUUUUACCUUGAAACAGGUAAGGGCUGAGAAGUUGUAUCCAAAUAUCAGUACUGGCAUGCCUAUUGCAAGAAAACCUACCUCUGUCAAGGACAAAGUUCAAUCAGUUAGUGUCAUAAACGAUUCAUGCAUCGUGUGCACAAGCCAGAAAAGUAGUGCUCGGAGAGCAGCUCUGAUUAGAAGGGAUUUGGUUUACAAGCUAGAUCCAUCUACAGUUAUUGUUAAACCACUUACAUUAAAUGUGACUCCUUGUAAUGCGAUGACUUCAGUUUUGUCAUAUGUUGUUCCCACUGAAGAUCAGUACAUGUGCCACGGUAUAUAACUUCUUGUUCUGUACUGUGGACAUUUCUUUGUCUUAUUUGUAUACUAGCCUGCGUACCCGUUCUAUGAGCGGAAAAAUAAUGUUUUUAAGACAAAAAUUAAAGUUUGCGAUGUAAAUAAAAGUCUCAAUACUGCAGUAAUUUAAACAGUUAUUUGUUUAAAACUGGAUGGUUCUAUUCUAUACCUGAAAAAAAGAAAGAAUUUUCAAAAGUGAAACUCACCUAACACUGAUGUAUAUUGUCCAAAACCUCUGGAUAUACAACAUUCCUGGUUUGACUGUUGGGUGCCAAGAUGUGAACAGCAUCUUUAUCUCCAGUUCGGGGCAUGGCUACAUACAAUAUUCCAUGUGAAAAUACUGUGCAUGUGAGAUCUAGGCCAACUGUACGAAGAGACUGUCCCUGAGCUUUAUUAAUUGUGAUGGCAAAGCAUGGUUUGAGGGGAAAUUGUUUUCGUUGGAAUAUAAAAGGUAAUCCACUGUCGGUUGGUUGAAGUAUAAUUCGAGGAAUCCAGUGUCUUUCAUUCUUGUAUAGUCCAGAAAAAAUUUCAACCUCAACGGCGUUUGGCAUGGUUUGUGUUUCAACACAUCUUGUACCAUUCAUUAAUUUUGGUGGGUUAAGAGAGAGGAGGAUCAUUACGAGCAUACCGGUCUUUAAUUUCAGAACAUGGGGUGGAAUGUUGGUCAGUUCAAUGUAGUUCAGGAAUUCCACUGGAUAGUGGGUUGCAUCGUCCUGGUUGAGUGCAGUAUUUAUAGACUGAUAGACUUUGGGUGUAGACGACAUCAUGUCAAUGAGUUUAUUGUCUGCAAAAUGGGGAAAAACUUGGUUGAUGAGGUCUUCAAUAGAAGUAGAAACUUUUCCAAGUUCGAGAACACUGAUUUUGUCUGGUUCAACAACUUCAGUUUCCAAUCUCCAAUAAUAAUUUGGAGAACGAGGCAUCUUCAAAGUCACCAUGUACGUGAACAUGCAUGUUUGUUGUGAGGUUCUGUGUUUUCACAUCUGGCCACAAAUAAGACUUUUUAAUGCACGCGUUGACAAUGUCGGCUCUUGUGCCAGAUCUGACUUCUUGCAAAAUCUGUUGAAAAUCUCCACAUAAGAGAACCGGACCGGAAUGCCAGCCAUUGUAUCUGUUGUAGAGUUAAUAUCUUGAAACAUCCAGUCCUUAGCUUCAAAGACAGCCUUUCGUUGCUUCCACGUUUUCCUCUCUGAUUCCCACGUAAAAAAUAGAGGUACAUCUGAGUACUGUAGAUUUACUGCAAAAGCAUUCUCUUGGCAAAGGUUGAAAAAGGCUGUGUAAGAGUAGUUGAUGGGGGGCCAUUUGUUGCUCUCUCAAGUGCAGUUUGUGCAUUGAAGUAAACACGCUGUCCAUUUUCCAAAUGAAUAGCAAGCUGUAUAAAACUUGGAUGCCUCUCAUGUACAUUGUAGUGGGAAUUUAUAUAUCCUCCAAGUGCAUAUUUCAACAUUGAUAUGACAGUUUAGUUGUCACAAAAGCCACGGGUUAUAUGGAAAAAUCCUUUGAUUGUCGACAUCCUUUUGAGUUUGUUUCUCAUUGACUGUUGAAAUUAUAGUUGCUGUUUUUCCACUGUCAUCUGGACUCCUCCGUCUAUACUUUGGGUAAGAGUCAACACUAUGUUCUGUUUCCUUUAUAAAGGGCUUUGGGAACGCUUUUGAACAUUUCCCAUUUUUCAUGCAAACUGAAGAAGUGUUGUUUUCUCCACAUGGACCAUGGAACAUAUUGGAGGUCACUAUUGAGUAGAGAUUUGGAUCACAUGUUUUGUCUGGAAUCUCAGAACAAACAACGUUGUCAAUUGUACCGGGCAUAAUUUUGCUUUCCUUUGUCAGCCAGAGCAAAAUAUGUGAAUGAGGGAGACCUCUUUUUGGGAAUUCAAUUGAAUACAACCACGCCUGUAGUUUUCCAAAGGCACCUUGUUUCAAAAGAUGCACGAGGUUUUGCAAUUUCAACUUGAAGACGCGCACUGUCAAAUCUGGCCUGUCAUGUGCUUGCUGUCCCGGUUAAAGAUGUUCUUUUAUUUCAGUCCAUUUUGGAUUUGUUGUCAUAGUAAUAAACAAAUCUGGUCUUCCUUACAAACGAACGUAUGUCAUGGCAUCCUGUUGUCUUUCAAACAUACAACAUGGUCCACCUGUGAACGUUGCUGGCAACACAACUUUCUGUCCUAUAUUUCUUAGAUCACUGCCUGCUGAAAAAAAAAAA